AUGCCGGUCGUGCCUGAUGCCGGAUCACUGACCUCGUCUCGAAAGUCAGCCUUGGCACGGACUCUGCAUCUGUCCACCUCUCCAUCGCCCUCACACCUCUCCACCCUCCCCCUCCCUAUCACCCCGACUCCGACUCCGACUCCGAAUCGCACUCAUCGCCCAACGGCUCCCGACACCAUGGCGAUGAUCAUCUUCCAGCUUUACGCCGUCGCGACCCUCAUCGUCGGCUACCUCAUCACCAUCGGCUAUUCCGAGCCAUACACGGACUGGUACAGCCUGGGCGCGCACGGCCUGCCCCUCAACGUGGUAGGCUACGGGGUGGACAAGUUCCUUCAAAAGAUACAGGUCGACAAGCGGGACGUCUCCGUCUUCGCCCCGGGCUCCGAGAAAGCCGAGCACUGGGCCAAGCGCACCGCUCCAGGCGGCAGCAUCAGCUAUCUCUCAGCCGCGAGCUUGAAGCCGCGCGACCACGCCGAGGUGCUGCCGUACGUCGUGCCGCAGCUCGAGGUCGAGGGCAACGAGGACAUCGUGCCCGUGCUGAGGAGCUAUGUCGAGGACAUGGCGGACCGCGACGAUCGCUUCACCAUCAAGCCGUCCAACCUCGAGAGCGGGGAUAUCGGCUCGGUGUGGCUCAAGCGGAAGCACAAGUGGCAGAUGGUCGGCGAGUUCGCCCACGUUCACCAGGACGGGAGCUCCCACUUCAUCCUGAGUGUGCCCGACGCGCGCGAGGUGCUCGAGAAAGGCUGGGGAGAGAGGCACGGCAUGGCCGGCCGCAUGACGCCGCUCACGUACAUGUUUGUGUAUGCGCCGAGGGACGAGGAGGAGCUCAAGGAGUGGAAGAAGAUUGCCAAAGCUAGCGCUGCGUUCAUCACCGCCGAGUAG